AUGGCGGAAGCUCUUGGCCUAGCUGCCAGCGUCAUCGCCGUGGUCGACGUAACCGCCAAAGUCGGGAGCGCCACGUUCAAGCUCAUGAAACUGUGGAACGAGGUAAAGGAAGUACCAACAAUGCUUCUACAGAAAGCGGAACGUGUCAGAGAUCUAGAGAACUUCCUGCUUGAUGCCGAAGACCACAUACAAAGUAGCCCGCUGCCACAAGCCUUCUGGAGUACGAACUACCGCUUGCGGCAACACAUUGAAAAGGUCCGCCGUGCACUUGACGAGGUUCAAGAUAUGGUGGACGAUUUACAAGCCAAGUUGACUGCCCGAAAAGACGGCUUCAGAAGCAAGCUGUUGUCAACCAAGGUUGUGUUUCGGAAAGACGAGUUGAAAGCCUUGGACACGAAGCUUGAUGCAGCUCUCGGUUUAUUUUCCAUCGCACAGAUGCAAUGGAUCAUGUGA